AUGGUAGAGAUAGUGAAGAUCAGUUGUGGUGAACGACUAGCAGAUCAGAUUUAUCUAGAUUUGAUUGGUGGAAGGUAUAGCUGCUUUCGAUUACUGAAUGGAACACAUGAAAUUGGAUGCGGUUCUGAAGAGGAAGGAAACGAAGGUGUUGUUGUUUAUGCCGAUAAUGCUGAUGAGUUCAUUAACCUUAUACCAGGUCUUGAUUUCGCAGAUCGCAUUAUCACAGCUUUCGAUAUAUUUCUUUUAAAUGAGAGAUUGAUCAGAGUAUUGAAGGACGAUAGGGUAAGUGGUGUGCUUCUGUUACGCAACGACUUUGUUACCAACGACCAAAAACGGCUGAAUAUCGGAUUUUCAGAAGAUGCCUUUUGCCCUAAUGCGCAGUUUGAUCUCAAUGGAGAUUGUGAAAAUCGUUGGAACGAACGUGGUGCACUUUUGCCAGAAGGUUUUCGAUUCAUCAAUUGGAAGAAACCAAUUUUUGUUAUUGAAAAUCGCACAGAAAUCGAUAUCAUACGAAACUUCUGCUAUGAGGCAUUCAACAAGAGGAAUUUGAGAGGAGCUGUGCUUUGUUCAGCGCGUAUGAAACAUUUCAUGCGGGCAGCGGGCAAUGCUCAAAUAUGUCUCCAACGCCAGAGGCUGUUCUACGGCUUUUCGGAUUCAUCGAUCUCUCUGUGUGACCCAUUGGAAGACAAAAAUUUGUUUGCAACGGUUCCUGCAAUUACGAAAAAGUUCAGGCCGAAAAGCUUGGUUCUCUCUGCCCGAAUGGAUUCCUUCAGUUCGUUCACAGAAGCAGCUGUUGGCGACGUGUCUGUUCUCACAUCACUCAUUAGUCUUCUAGCAGUUGCUAAAACAAUUGCAAAUCAUUCCAGUGAAUUUGAAGCUGUGACGAAGCGCAACAGACGGGCCGUUAUUUUCGCCUUUUUUCACGGUGAAUCGCUGGGUUAUAUUGGAAGUAGUGCCACAGUAAAUGACAUCAUAAAAGGCGGAUUUCCUUUAGACAUCAAGCUAACAGACAUCAAUAGUUUUAUUGAGGUACAGCAGCUUGAUGGUUCAGAACCAACGUUCUCUGCCCAUAUCGAUUCAAAAGCUUACGAUACUCCUGAAAACAAACUGAAAGUGCAAAUUUUACUCGAUGCAGCCAGGUCAUCCCUUAAGCAAAGCGAGUCCAGAAAUGAGGGUAGAAGAGGUAGUAAAAUUGUUGAGAAAAAGGGUCGACUACCACCUUCUUCUUAUCAGUCAUUUUUGAAAGAAAAGCGUGACAUAGCUGGUUUCGUUCUCCGGCCUUUCGGUCAACAGUAUAUUUACAACCGAUUAAAUUCGUUGGAGGACCAAAAUGUUUUCAAAAAUGGAACUGCCAAACUGCGAACUCAAGUUAUUGCUGCUGCGAAUGCUGUUAUGGGAGCAAUAGCAGGUUUCGUUACUGGUGGGAAUGAAACAGAAAUUGAUUUAUUCAAUCAGUAUGAUAUAGAUGAAUUAUAUGUAGCCGUUCUUCUGGAUUGCUUCUUGAAAUAUUCUGAUUGGUAUACUUGUGAUUUCUUCAGAAGUAUCACGAAAGGCGACGAUCGAUUUGAACAUCACUCGAAAGAAACAUAUAUAUCGGUAGGAAGAAACAGUUAUUCGUUAAUUCGCCUUCUUAUGACUAUGUUAAUUGUAAAUGUUCUUGGAUCCAAGAACGCCGUUAAUGUUCCCGAUCGUGGCCAGUGUGAAGAUUUAAAUAAACACCAAAAGAUUUAUCAUUAUACUUGGCAGUAUGAUCCAGAAGAUGAGAAAUUUACAUGUUAUCGUAAUUCGCUAUAUAUAACAGCAGCGGAAUCUCCGGCCUUCAAAUUAGAUGGGUACAAUAUGCAUUCAGGAGUUUAUUCAACUUGGGUGGAAAGUGUUUGGACCACGAAGCAGUUGGAGCUUUUCUUAACCAUACAUCCAUGUCUAACGCAUGAUCUCACUGUGCUUCUAUUCGGGUUCAUUUUUUUCAUCAUUUCAUACAUCAUAAUGGAACUGAUUUAUUUGGGAAACAGAGAAAACAUCGAACCAGCAGCAUCCAUACUCGACUCCGAUUAUAAUCCAUCCCCACUUUAG